AUGGACGAGGAGGACGAGGAGACAGACGAUUACAGAGAGUGCGCUGGCGUAACUCCAGCCUCGUCCAGACGAGUGGUGGGACGGGUGGCCGGGUUGUGGAGCAUGGAAGGAGGGAGUCGGCCGCCAUGCACGAGGACGCCACGGCCCACCUCCUUCAGCGACGUCACGCUCUACAUUGGAGGACGGCUGCCUGCCCUCCUCCACGCUGUCCCGCCCGGCUCCAGCAACCGACACAGAGUACUGGGGAGCGAGGAGGAGGAGGAGGAGCGGGAGGAGAAGAGGAGAGGAGGAAGAGGAGGAGGACAUCUACCUGUUCUCACAAUCGAACCGCCCAGUGACAGCUGUGACAUGAGUGACAGGUCAGAGCGAGGCUCCAUCGGGCGCCUGGUGUACGAACAGGAGCCGUCGGGGUGGACCGAGGCGCCGGGGAGAGGGAGAGGGAGAGGAUGGAGAGGAGACGGGGAAAGGAGAGAGCGGAGAGGAGGAGCCGCGGGGGGAGAAGGGGGAGGCAGCAGCGAGGCCGACUCCCCUCAGGGAACCAUCAAACACAAGCCCAACGGCCGCUCCGUCCCCACGCGCAGGGUCAGACCCGCAGCCCGGCCAGCGCUCCCUUACCGAUGCCUUCAGCCCGCGCCCCCCCCCCACCCGCUCCCCCCACCCGCUCCCCACCUCACCCCACCCUCACCCAUCCCCACCCUAUGCACCACCCCCACCCCUCACCCAUCCCCCCACCUGCCCACCAUCCUGCACCACCACCCGCAGUACAGCCAGCCACACGUCAUGCACAUGCAUCACGUGCCCGGCCCCUACAUCCAGCAGCACCACUUCGCCCAGCAGCACUACCACCACCUGCACCACCAGCACCACCACGGUUACCCAGAACCCCCCUCUUCCCCGCUGCCCUCCCCCGUGCCCCCCCUCUCCCCUCUUCCUCCCCCGCUCACGCCCUCUCCGCUCUCCUCUUCCAUGGAGGCCCAGCAGCACCACCACCCCCACCUGCACCACCACCACCUGCUGUGCUCCGACGGGGACAACGAGAGCGUGAACUCCACCACGACCAACUCCAACGACGACACCACCGUCAACAACUGCAGCUCCGGCUCCUCGUCGCGCGACAGCCUGCGGGAGCCAAUGGGAGGAGGCGCUGCGGGGAAGCAGACCUAUCAGAGGGAGAGCCGGCACAGCUGGGACUCGCCCGCCUUCAACAACGACGUCGUGCAGCGGAGACAAUACCGCAUCGGACUCAACCUGUUCAACAAGAAGCCGGAGAAGGGGAUCCAGUACCUGAUCGAGAGGGGCUUCGUGUCGGACACUCCGAUCGGCAUCGCCCGGUUCAUCCUGGAGAGGAAGGGUCUGAGCCGGCAGAUGAUCGGAGAGUUCCUGGGCAGCCGGCAGCAGUUCAACAAGGACGUCCUGGACUGUGUCCUGGAUGAGAUGGAUUUCUCGGGGAUGGAUCUGGACGACGCUCUGAGGAAGUUUCAGGCUCAGAUUAAAGUUCAGGGCGAAGCUCAGCGGGUGGAGCGGCUGGUGGAGGCCUUCAGCCAACGUUACUGCAUCUGUAACCCUGGAGUGGUGCGACAGUUCAGGAACCCCGACACCAUCUUCAUCCUUGCCUUCGCCAUCAUCCUCCUCAACACCGACAUGUACAGCCCCAACGUGAAGCCUGAGAGGAAGAUGAAGCUGGAGGACUUUGUGAAAAACCUUCGAGGCGUUGAUAACGGUCAGGACAUCCCCAGAGAUCUGCUGGUGGGGAUCUACGGACGCAUCCAGAAAUGGGAGCUGAGGACAAACGACGACCACGUGUCUCAGGUCCAGGCGGUGGAGAGGAUGGUGGUCGGGAAGAAGCCGGUGUUGUCGCUGGCCCAUCGCAGGUUGGUCUGCUGCUGUCAGCUGUUCGAGGUUCCCGAUCCGAACCGAGGUCAGAGGAGCGGCGUCCAUCAGAGAGAAGUCUUCCUGUUCAACGACCUGCUGAUGGUGACGAAGAUCUUCCAGAAGAAGAAGACUUCAGUGACGUACAAUUUCAGACAAUCAUUUCCUCUGGUGGACAUGCAGGUCCACACCUUCCAAAACACCUAUUACCCUCAUGGUAUCAGACUGACGUCGGCGAACCCCGGCGGAGAGAGGAAGGUUCUGAUCGUCUUCACAGCGCCGAGUCAGCAGGACCGAGCUCGUUUCACCUCUGACCUCCGAGAGAGCAUCGCUGAGGUGCAGGACAUGGAGAAGUACCGCGUGGAGUCCGAGCUGGAGAAACAGAAAGGAGUGAUGCGUCCCGGAGUGAUGGCGGGGGGAGGACCGGGAGGCGGGGGGGCGCCGGGAGGGGGGCCUAUAGGCGGCAUGAAGGGCGAAGCGGUGAACGGCAUUCUGGGUAGACCGAGCCUCGACGACACGUACGCCUCGGUGGACGGACUCAAACGCACCGCGCUCAGCUCCUCUCUGAGAGACCUCUCAGAAACAGGGAAGCGAGGUCGUAGGAACAGUGUCGGGUCAUUGGACAGUACCGUUGAAGGUUCCAUUAUUAGCAGCCCCCGGCCCCACCAGCAGCGCCCCCUGCUGGCCGGAGGUCUCCCCUACAGCAUGAUGGCCCCCUCGUCUCCAGCAGCUUACCGGCCACACCGCCCAACUCAGAGCCCCGGUACAGGGGUGGGGGGUGGGCCGGGGCUCUGUCACAACCCGGGGGGGAUCAGCACCUCCCCUCUCUCUCCCUCCCCCGCCCCCACUACCCCGCCCCCGCCCCCCAUCGCCCACCCAGUCUCCCCUUCCCCGUGCCCCUCCCCAUCGCCCAACCUCGCUCAGUCGGACUCGGGAGGGGUUGGAGGCCUCGGGCCGUCCAAGCUGCAGGCGCUGCACGCCCAGUAUUGCCACGGCAACAGUGGAGGAGGCGGAGUCAGUGGGAUUCAGCAGCAGCAGACUCCGCCCCCUCCCUACCACCACCACCACCGGUACCACAUGCAGAGCGCCCCCCCGCACCUCACCCUCUCUCACAGGUUCUCCGCCCCGCCCCGCCGGCAGGGUCCCCCGCCUUCUCACCCCCCGCAGCACCAGCGGCUGCAGCAUGGCGGCGGACAGCACCCCCGCUACAACCUGGGCUUCAUCACCCCCCCACCGCUCUCCCCUCACUCCCCCCUAACCCCUACUACCCCGCACGGACUCUACCACUCGGGGAGGCCGGGGGUCGGCGGUGGAGGCAAACUCCCGCUGACCAUCUCCCACUCGCAGCCUCACCCCCACGCGCACACACACUCUCACAACCAUGCCGUGCUCACACACUCCCCUCUAAGCCCCUCCCCUUCCGCCUCCCCCUCCACCCAUUUCAUCUUCUCCACGCCUCCUCCGCAGACACCCUCGGCACGCCUCGUCAGCCAGACGCCCCCGCAGCCCUAUGGGCCCCAAUAUCAGCAGCUGUCGUCCAUCCCGCCUCCUCCUCCGCACUCGCCCUUUCCUCCGCACUCGCCCUUACCUCCGCCGCCCAACACCCCGCUCUCCCUGCACCAGGGGGCUGGGGGAGGGCAGGGGGGAGGGUCCAAAUCCAAACCGGUCAGCCGGAUCAGCACGGUUGUGUGAGGAGGCAGAAGAUAAGGACGGUAGUUCGACGCCCCGCCGCGGGAGUGACAGUAGUGAGGAGGAGGAGGAAGAGGAAGAGGAAGAGGAGGGGAGGGCAGAUACAGGAGUUUCAAAAUGGCCGCCUCAUGAGUAGGAGAGCACUUAGAGCGGGGAAGAGGAAGUUACUCAGCCUGUGUUAUUUUCACAUCCACUUCCCCUGCAGGUAGAGAGACUUUCCCCCCCUGUAUCGAAGGCGUUUGUUGGAGAACGUUUUUUCCUCGAGGAGCAAAAAACACCAAGAAGGUGAAUCACAUAUCUGAAGAAUAACAUGGAAGUCCUGACGUCUUGGUGACAAUCGCCUCCAUCCUCCCUUCGUUGUGCCCUUCAGAGGUGGAUUUAAGAGGACACGUGUGUUGUUCUUCCCUGACAGAGGAAGUGUUUGUGUCAUAUUGUGAGUAAAAAAUGUGUGAAGUGCUGUAGUGGACAAACGGUUCAGGGACCAGACGUGAAGGGAACAGUGCCUGCGGAUUUAUCGCAAGGGGUUAGCGCUCGAUGCUAACACUACAAACCGUUUGAUGGGACAGUUCAGGUUUUUUAGGAAUCCUGAGAACGCGACGAGUCCUUUUUACUAUAUUCCAAAAAAUCACACUAGUCUUGCAUCGCUUUGUUUUUGCACAAAAAGCACUUGUACCGUUGUUUGGGUUGUUGACAUAAUACAAGCCAUGAGUCGUAACAGAAAGGCGGAAGUGGUUAGCAUUAAUAUGGUGCAGUUUCUGUGUCUUAGACAGGCGUGCAUGACCUGUGCAAUAGCUAAUGAGUGUCGGUGUGUCAAUGGUUAAAAUCAAUAUGCAGGGGGAGGGAUUUGUUGUAAAUUGAAGCCCCAAUCCAGCAUUUCUUUGACCAGGAAAAGUGCAUUAGUGAAGGUUACUGAAGACUUUCCUAUCUACAAUAAACUUUUGUAAUAACUUUAAAUAAGCCAUCAUAACAAAAACUACAGGUGUCUUUUUACCUUUGUGUUUUGCAAAAAUGACUAAAAGCCUUUAGUGUUUGUGGAUAACAGGGUUUCAGCAGGGGGAGCUACAACGUUGUUUUGGAUUGGAUUUAAGCAUGGUAAUGGUUUACUUUUGACAUUGCAAUUUUCCCAUUGAUUUAUUUGAUUAUUCUUAGAAAACCAAUGAAUUCUCCCCUGCAAGUGUCUAAGUAUAUUUGAACGUAUAAGCUUGAAUUAUAAUAUAUGUCAACUGUAUUUCAUGCUUCAUAUUCUAUGUGACCCUAUAUGUUGCUGGCAAAGGAGAUUAUGCUGAAAGGUGCCAAACAGGGUGCAUUAUGGGAAACAGAGUAUUUUGUUUAACUGGCUUGUUUGAAUUUGAUGAACCCCGGGAGCUACCGUACCUCUGGAUAUUUCUCAGUGGAAAUGUUAAAUGAACUGGGUGGGAAACUACAUUCAAAAAGUUGUAUUAAGUUGAGACAAUCUAAAUUGUGCAUUGCCCAAAGAAAAUCCGAUACUUCAAGAACUCCAAGAAAGGAGGAAUUCCCAAAGAAAAAAAUGUGAUCCACGGUGUCUACAAGAGGACAAGGGUCACAUUAAUUUUUCUGGAAGUUCGACCAAAAGUAAUACAAAUUUGGGGAGUUUUGAUUAAAAAAAAAAUCCUAAAAAAUAAUAUUUCUGAGAUUGACUUUAUUC